AUGGAGAACACACGAUACAUGGUAAAGUUAUCGGACGGAAGAAGCAUGAACAUUGGAAGCAACCAUGGUGCCAAUGCCUUUCUCAGAGCAGCCUCCAAAAUUGACCACUUCUCGUUUCAUGUCAAUCAAAUCAACGGCAUUCGACGCAAGAAACGCAUCAAUGAUAUCGAUUCACACAAAAUCAUCAAGCACAUUGAAUUCUUCAACAGCAUUGCAAGAGCCGACCCUGAUCUCUUUCGAGAAAAGGUUCCACAAUCCGAAAUCAAGUGUUGGUUGGAUUUCAUUGUGGAAUCCAUCAAGAAGAUGUCGACCGAUUCGAAAUGGAUCAGCACUGGACUUCCGGCUUUCCGUGACAUUUUUUAA